CCGCCACCGCCGGAGCCCGUGCCCGCGCCCGGCCGGCGCGGCCUCAUGCCUCUGGCGCGGCCCUCGGGGGGCGAAGGUGAAGACCGGCUCCUAGGAUGAGUGAAGGGGCGGCCGCUGCUUCGCCACCUGGAGCCGCUUCGGCAGCCGCCGCCUCGGCCGAGGAGGGCACCGCGGCGGCUGCGGCGGCGGCGGCGGCAGCGGGCGGGGGCCCGGACGGCGGCGGCGAAGGGGCGGCCGAGCCCCCCCGGGAGUUACGCUGUAGCGACUGCAUCGUGUGGAACCGGCAGCAGACGUGGCUGUGCGUGGUGCCUCUUUUCAUCGGCUUUAUCGGCCUGGGGCUCAGUCUAAUGCUCCUCAAAUGGAUCGUGGUGGGCUCCGUCAAGGAAUACGUGCCCACCGACCUGGUGGACUCCAAGGGGAUGGGCCAGGACCCCUUCUUCCUCUCCAAGCCCAGCUCCUUCCCCAAGGCCAUGGAGACAACUACCACGACAACUUCCACCACGUCCCCAGCUACCCUCUCCUCCGGCAGUGCCGCCUCUUCCAGGACGCCCAACCGGAUUAGCACCCGCCUGACCACCAUCACGCGGGCUCCCACUCGCUUCCCGGGGCACCGAGUGCCCAUUAGGGCCAGCCCGCGCUCCACUACAGCACGAAACACUGCGGGUCCCCCGACGGUCAUGUCCACGACGGCCCCUUUCUUCAGUAGCAGCACACUAGGCUCCCGACCCCCAGUGCAAGGAACCCCCAGUACCCAGGCAAUGCCCUCUUGGCCCACUGCGGCAUUCGCUACCUCCUCCUACCUUCAUGAUUCUACUCCCUCCUGGACCCUGUCUCCCUUUCAGGAUGCUGUCGCUGCCUCCUCCUCCUCCUCCUCAUCUUCCUCCUCUUCCACCACCACCUCGUCUUCCUCCUCUACCACCACCACGCCAGAAACUAGCACCAGCCCCAAAUUUCAUACGACGACAUAUUCCACUGAGCGAUCUGAGCACUUCAAACCCUGCCGAGACAAGGACCUUGCUUAUUGUCUCAAUGAUGGCGAGUGCUUUGUGAUUGAAACCCUGACUGGAUCCCAUAAACACUGUCGGUGCAAAGAAGGCUACCAAGGAGUCCGUUGUGAUCAAUUUCUGCCGAAAACUGAUUCCAUCUUAUCAGAUCCAACAGACCACUUGGGGAUUGAAUUCAUGGAGAGUGAAGAAGUUUAUCAAAGGCAGGUGCUGUCAAUUUCAUGUAUCAUCUUUGGACUUGUCAUCGUGGGCAUGUUCUGUGCAGCAUUCUACUUCAAAAGCAAAAAGCAAACUAAGCAAAUUCAAGAGCAGCUGAAAGAGCCACAAAAUGGUAAAAACUACAACCUCAAAGUGUCCAGUGCAAUGGCAAAGUCAGAACACUUGGUGAAGAAUCACGUCCAGCUGCAAAAUUAUUCAAAGGCGGAGAGGCAUCCUGUGACAGCUUUGGAGAAAAUGAUGGAAUCCAGCUUUGUUGGCCCCCAGUCAUUCCCAGAGGUCCCUUCUCCUGACAGAGGAAGCCAAUCUGUCAAACAGCACAGGAGUCUGUCCUCUUGCUGCAGCCCAGGACAAAGGAGUGGCAUGCUCCACAGGAACGCCUUUAGAAGGACACCGCCCUCACCUCGAAGUAGGCUGGGAGGAAUCGUGGGACCAGCGUAUCAACAGCUUGAGGAAUCAAGGAUACCAGACCAGGAUACCAUACCUUGUCAAGGGAUAGAGGUCAGGAAGACUAUAUCCCACCUGCCUAUACAGCUGUGGUGUGUUGAAAGAUCCCUGGACUUAAAGUAUUCAUCCACCAGUUUAAACACCCAACAAAAUGCAUCAGUAAAUAUGCAACUGCCUUCAAGAGAGACAAACUCCUAUUUUAAUAACUUGGAUCAGAAGGACCUGAUGGUAUAUUCAUCCACAAGGGCCAAUUCUGUGCCCAUCAUCCCUUCAGUGGGUCUAGAGGAAACCUGCAUGCAAAUGCCAGGGAUUUCUGAAGUAAAAAGCAUCAAAUGGUGCAAAAACUCCUACUCUGCUGAUGUUGUCAAUGUGAGUAUUCCAGUCAACGAUUGUCUUAUAGCAGAACAACAAGAAGUGAAAAUAUUGCUAGAAACUGUCCAGGAGCAGAUCCGAAUUCUGACCGAGGCCAGGCGGUCAGAAGACUAUGAACUAGCCAGUGUAGACACUGAGGACAGUGCAAGUGAAAACACAGCCUUCCUCCCCCUGAGUCCCACGGCUAAAUCAGAACGAGAGGCACAAUUUGUCUUAAGAAAUGAAAUACAAAGAGACUCUGCGUUGACCAAGUGACUUGAGAUGUAGGAAUCUGUGCAUUGUAUGCUUUGCUCAAAAGGAAAGAGAGGAAAUUAAAUACAAAUUAUUUAUAUGCAUUAAUUUAAGAGCAUCUACUUAGAAGAAACCAAAUAGUCUAUCGCCCUCAUAUCAUAGUGUUUUUUAACAAAAUAUUUUUUUAAAGGGAAAGAAACAUUUCAGGAGGGAUAAAGCUUACAACUAAAGCUUUUGGAUAGAAUUCUGAAUACAGUUUCAGUUAGUCCCAACAUUGUCCUUUUUGGCUUUUAGUAAAUGGGGUGAUCCAGACCCUUAGCCCCACAGCACCAGUGUCCUCACAAAAAGGCACUGGCAGUUACCUGGUUUCAGAGACAAGCUGUGUUCUGAGGGUGGAGGUGCCAGUGAGAAGGUGACUCUUGCCAUUUAGCUUGAAAGUCCCAACCUUUAAAUUUAUUUUCACUGGACAGCCUCAUCACAGGUUAUGUCAUGUCAACACAUGUGUUUUCUAUUUAAUUUUAAAUUUUGAAGAAGGGCACCAAGACUCUGGAAGGAGGAGGACAGGAGAUAAAGGGAGUCAUUGGGAGCAAUCUCAGCUUCUCUUAUGUGCCAUCUUCUGAAAUUUGAGGGCACAGAAUCUCAGAGGGAGGUAUGAAAUCAUUAUAGAAAGAGACAAAAAUCACAGUGUCAUGUCACUAAAAUCAUGCAGAUAGAAAUGUUUUUCUUUGAGAUUGGUUAAGGGCUCCACAGGAGCAUUUCUCAGUGUGUGUGCCUGUGUGUGCAUGAGAGAGUGUGCAUUUGCGUGUGUGCGACUGAGUUUCCUGGAGCACUGGUAUGUUGUAUGCACGUGUUCAUUGUGAGUAUGUGUGUGCAUGUGUGUGAGUAUUACACUUGUUAAAAUUUGUUCUGAAAUAUCAGGGAAUCUAAUAUUCAGAAAAAAAUUUCCCUCUUAGAUUUGUUCUCUUUAAAUUUUUCCAUGAAGUAUAAAGUUCAGUUAGUAUGUUCUUAAAUCAGUCACUUGAAGUGACGUCCUAUAAAACUUUUGACAAUGUCCAGACCAUUUUCUGAUGUGAAUACUUCUGAGAGGAACAACUAUAGGCUCAUUGAUGAUAUCUGUAUCACAAGGCAAGUUGAAGAUGUGUAUUUAUUUUAAAUUGUGUGUAUUUAAGUUAUUUACACAAGCCAAUGACCAAAUUGACAAUUAUCUUUUGCUUUCUCAUGAGGCUCAUUAUGAUUUAUUUUGUAGCAGACCUAUAAGUUGUGGACCAAGACAUUAGCUUCUGUGGUUAAGAAUAAAUUGUUGAAAUCACAACGCCCAGAGUAUUCAGUUCACAGGGAGCCCCCUAAAGAACAGUAAAUUGUGUUGUAUGUUCAUUUGGAAUAAAGCAAUAUUUUUAUCACUGCUAAGGUUAACGGAAACUUCUCCUGAAGAUUUGUCUGUUUUAUUUACCCUUACUUUGAUUGGGGUAUUCAAGAAAAUUAGUGUUUACAUAGCCAGUUUUUUUUUCAAAUUUUUGGUGGUGUUGUUACAUUUACACUGUUUUAAAUAAAAAGGCACAGUAUUUGAAAGUAUAUAAAGGAUUUCUUUUACUGUAGUCGGGAAAAGCUUCGUUAAAAUUUUCUUGUUCCAUUAAAAUGGAAUGUAACUUCCUGAAUCAGACAUUGAAUAUGUACAACUCUUAUUGAGAUUAUUUCUGUUGAAAAUACAUUGCAAAUUGCUCUUUGAGAACAUACUUUAAUAAUAGAUAUAAUAUUAUACAGGGAAAAGAAAGAGCAUAGUAUUCUUUCCAACACUGUUUAGUGAAAGUUCAAGGUCUCAACUGUUGAAAACACUUUGGUAGAAAUGAAUUUUAUAUUCACAAAAGAUUUGUUGUCUUCAUUAGUUGUCCCAUUAUAAAUUUGUUGUUUUGAAUAUGGAAGUAACGUUAGCCCCUUAAAAGAUUAUUAUAAAAUUUUAAUUUCUAGAUCAUCCACAUUCCCAUCUAAAAACAGUAUAUCUUUGGGAAAAUUUUGAAAAGAUGGUCUUAACAGGUGUAUAUAAACCUCCCGAAGUUGCACAUAAAAUAUGUUAUUGUGUUGAAAUGUAUUACGAUUAUGAACAUUAACUGGAAGUCCUCACAAGUUUGAUUAAGUCGACCUUGUUCUUGGGUCUUUUCACUAAAAAUUCACUUGUUACUUAUCUGAAGGAUUCAUACAGUUUUCCUAAUUAGGAGAUUAUAUAGUCUGUGACUCACUAUAGUUAUGUUAAUAUAUAAUGUACUCUGAAAAGAUUGAAGAUCAUCAGUCAAACAUAAGUCCUGAUUCAGCCCCUUAUUUCUUAAAGUACAACCAUGUAUUACAUGAUUAUAAACAUCCUGUGCAUUCUGAAGAGCAUGAACAGCAGGCACACCCACUGGCAGCCUAAUGUGAAGUUUAGAGAUAUAGUUACUUCCUAAUUGAUAGUCAAGACAAAGUUCUCCAUAAAGAAUAAAUAUUAAUGGUUACUUUCAGUGGUCAUUUGUCUCCCUUUGGAAUAUGAAGCUGUCCUCUGAAAAAGGUCCAAGCUCAAAUUGUGUAUUUUUGGGCACCAGCAGACAAGCGCUGACAGCAUCAAGGCUAUCAAAACUGAUGUAACAUGGCAAACACCUGGAGCCAUUGCCACCUGGUCAUUCAAGCUCAUGUGUAUGCAAAGAAAUGCCUACUUCCACAAGACAUCUCUGAUUUUGUUUCAUUUUCACUGUCUUCAUUAUGUAAACAGGUAUUUGAAGAUUUGUAAUUAAGUAAGUUGCUUAUUUACAAUUAACUGGGAAAUGAAUGCCACCCAUUGUUUUUACUCUUAAUCAUUUUCUGAUAUGACUUUUUUUAUAAAGCAUAUGUUAUUCUAAUUCACCAAUGAUUGCUAUGGGAAAUUGGUGUUCAAAAUGGGACCAAUUUUAUGCUGACAAGAAAUAAUAGAAAUGAUAUUGGAUAAUCAUCACUCAAAUAUUCUUCCUGAUUUUCCUGUGCAUAUUAUGAAGUGCUCUGUUUUAUGUCAAAUAUUUACCUACCUUAUUAUGGGUUAAGGAAUACAUAUUUCUAAAUUUCUCACAUCUCUAACAAUUUACAUUAUUUCCAGGUAGCAUCAGCAAGGCCUUCUUCUGCAGAAGGAACAAUGCUGUUUUUAAGACUUGACAAAUUAAUCUGUUUUAAUCACAAUGACAUAUCAGGCCUGUCAAAAAGAAAACAGAAGGCCAAGCAAACUUCAAGAGAAUGCACAUUGGCUUCUAGAGUGAAUGACAGUUAAAUCUGCAAUUUUAAUGAAGCUUCUGGUGACCUUGGCUAUGGCUGUCUAUAAGCAGGUGUGCACAAGAACAUACUCAUGUCUGCAGCAGUUGUUCACACCUGGCUGGCAGCAUGGUGCUAUAGGAAACCACACCUUCCUAAAUGAGGAGGGGGUCCUUGAUUCCAGCCCCAUAAACCAGAGAACAUUACCCUGAGGCAAGUGCUGUGAAACAUUUCCCAAGUCACUACAUAGUAUACUUAGGAACACAGCAGGAGGGGUGGGAUUUUUAUUUGAUCUUUUGGUACCUGGGAAAUAUUUUAUAUAUAAAAAAUACUUUUUUAUUACUAUUCAAUUGUGUAGAUUUAGUAUAGUGUUGUCAAUGAUAGCAUGUCUAUACUGUAUUUGUACUUUAGUCUUCAGAAAUUUAGUUUACAUCCAGGAAAAACCAGUACAAUGUUUCUAGGGUGUUCUCAUUUUUAAAUAUAUACCAAUAUUUCAUGGGAAAUGAGGCCUUUAAAUAAGCUUUAUCUCUUUCUCCUGUAUUCUUUCUUUCCCUUUUAAGAAAUAGUGAGGGUAAAGCAAGAAAUUGAUUCCUUAAGAUCCACAUUCUUCUUAUAUAAUAAUCUGUUUCCUACUGUGACCAUCUCCCCCACACACAUACAUAUAUAUAAACAUAUAUAUACACAAUAUAUAUGUAUAUUAAAUUUAGGUGUUUGAUUAUUUUACUAGCUUUAUUUCUGCUUAAAUUGACAAAUAUUAAAGUGUUGGCCUUCUGGAGUGUCAAUGAAACCAAAUCAUGUAGUGCUCAGCCAACCUGGAGGCAUCAAAAUAAUACAGGCAUUUUUCAGUUUUUUCUCUUUCUUAAUUAAGCAGAAAUAUCCUCAUGUUGGAAACUCAAACUGGAAUACAACGUCUACUGGAUUAUCUCUUAAAAAUGAACAUUAAACUAUGAAUAUAUA